AUGUCCAGUGAGAGAGCAUGCAUGCUAUGUGGGAUAGUACAAACUACAAAUGAGUUCAGUAGGGACGGUUGCCCUAACUGUCAAGGUAUAUUUGAAGAAGCGGGUGUUUCCACCAUGGAAUGUACAUCUCCGUCAUUUGAAGGUCUUGUGGGGAUGUGUAAGCCUACUAAAUCAUGGGUGGCCAAAUGGCUGAGUGUGGAUCCUUAUAUACCGGGAAUGUAUGCCAUCAAAGUUGAUGGAAGAUUACCUGCCGAAGUGGUCGAAUUAUUACCUCAUUAUAAACCUAGAGAUGGUAGUCAAGUCGAAUAG